CUAAUAGGAUUCAGAAUACCCCUCCCAUUCUCAGAGAUUGCAGAUCAGAGGUAUAUAAAGAAUAGGAAGGAAGGGUGACAGGAGCAGCAAAAUAUUUCAGAAACCGCUAAAUCCAAUUACAGGUCUAAAUCAAUAUGGCAGACGGUUCCAAAGUUUUCAAGAAAACCAGUCCUGAUGGAAAGUUAUCAAUGUAUCUUGGAAAGCGGGACUUUGUGGAUCAUGUGGAAUUUGUAGAGCCUGUCGAUGGGGUGAUUUUAAUUGAUCCAGAAUAUCAAAAGGACAAGAAAGUGUUUGUGGUAUUGACGUGUGCUUUCCGCUAUGGUCGGGAUGACAUGGAGCUCAUUGGCUUGAGUUUCAGAAAGGACAUUUUUGUGCAGUCUUGCCAAGUGUACCCCCCAUUGCCUGAGGACAAGAAACCACUAACACCAUUACAAGAAAAACUGCGUGCAAAACUGGGCGUUAAUGCCUUUCCUUUCUGCUUUAAUGUGAGUAAUGUCACUAACUACUGUGUGUUACCAAGAGUUAGCACAACACAUCUUAUUUUGCUUUUAUCUUUUAAUUUUCAGAUAGUCAAGAACUUGCCUUGUUCAGUGACACUGCAACCGGGACCAGAUGAUACUGGGAAGCCCUGUGGAGUGGAUUUUGAAGUGAAAAGCUUCUGUGCAGAACAUGCAGAGGAGAAAGUCCAUAAAAAGAUCACAGCACGUCUUAUCAUUAGGAAGGUCCAAUAUGCCCCAGAAGUCACAGGACCAGCCCCUCGGGCAGAAAUCACUCGUCAGUUCAUGAUGUCAGACAAGCCGCUGCAGCUGGAGGCUUCAUUAAAUAAGGAGAUUUAUUAUCACGGUGAACCAGUCACAAUCAAUGUGAAAAUCAACAAUUCAACCAAUAAAAUUGUGAAAAAGAUCAAGAUCACAGUGGAACAGAUGACAGAUGUGGUGUUGUACUCACUCGACAAAUACACAAAGAUUGUUACCUGCGAGGAAAUGAACGAUACUGUGGCAGCAAAUUCAGCAUUUUCACGAACAUAUUCAGUGACUCCACUAUUGGCAAAUAACCAGGAAAAGCGUGGUUUGGCACUGGAUGGCAAACUGAAGCAUGGAGACACUAACUUGGCAUCAAGUACAAUUAUGCGCCCAGGAAUGGACAAAGAGGUGAUGGGAAUACUGGUAUCUUACAAAGUCAAAAUAAAUUUGAUGGCAUCCAGAGGCGGUAUUCUAGGGGAACUUACCUCAAGUGAUGUUGGGGUGGAACUACCUCUUAUUCUAAUGCAUCCAAAGCCCUCUGAAGUGCAGAGGACGUGGUGAUUGAGGAGUUUGCAAGGCAAAAGCUGCAAGGAGAACAAGAUGAUGACGAUGAAAAGGAAGAGGCAGAAAAAAGUUAAUAUGAUUCCACUUGUUAAAAAAGAUCUACAGCACAUUGUCCCUUUCUGUCAAAUUCAUCUGAAGAUCAGAACUUUGUAGUUAGAGUUGAGUGAACUUACAGUAAUUUGGGUUGUAACAAACCUGGUGGCUUGGCUGUUGAUUACAGUAGUUUGCAUAAAUUAAUUCAGCUUUCCAAGUGCUCUGGUUGCGUGGAAAAGAUGGAUAGAGUCCUAGGAGACCUAAGACUGUCAUCCCAAGACUUUUCCAGGCAACUGGAGCACUUGGAAAGCUGAACUUAUAUAUUGCUCAACUCUACUUGUAGUCAUCAUUUACACCAUUAACAUCAAUUAGUGCAUUUCUAUAUGUUCAAAACAUUGCAACAAAUAAAUUAAAUAAAAAUGUGA